AUGGAUUACAAUAUCACUGGUGCCAAUCCCAAGUUCUUGGAUCCGACACACCGGGUUAAAACCGGAGACUUUCGAGACGCAUUUGCUCGUGAAGCAACCAGGCGUCGGAACGAGGCACGGACGAGUAAAGGUCCACUUUUUAAUGGGAAAGGUGUCCAUACCAAGCCAUAUAAUGAGCGAAAACGCCCUUCAUGGAUUCCGUGCUUUAGUCGUACCACUGAGGACGAAGAGCGCCCGAGGGGUAAGCUGAGCAAGCAGUCUGAUGAGCAUUCCGACCUGCGUGUACAUAGGAUGCGAAUACCAAUUGCAUGGAGUCGCAUUCCCAUUGGUGGUGAAAAAGACACCCUGUUCCUAGCCAUGGAUGAAAACUCACAGUUGGGAAGCCCCGGCCUAGGAAGCCGAACUCUUCAUUGGGUACACAUGCAACAUUGUAAAGGAAUUGAAUUCGAUACAUUCAAGUCUACUGCAUUGGACGGAAUAGACCUUCCGCUGAAUGCAAAGAAUAUGAUAAAAAGCUGGAUUUCAGAUAUUUAUUCGCUUCAAGCGCAGCGGAUAUUUGGCGGAAAAGCUCUGGAUUCAUGUUUCCAAAAACAAAGGCUGUCUUCUGUAAGUGGACAGUCUCUUGUUUGUGCGUUCUUCGCCGUUCCCUACCUGCUCCUCAGCGAAAACUGUCAGUCUGUAGCGGAUAAAAAGGCCAAUACGGAUUUGCAUCCUAUCCGAGCAUUGGUCCAAUCAGCGUAUCGGACCGACUCUUCAUUCACUCGUGAAAAAUCGCAGGCGGUCCGCAAAGUGCUAGAUUUAGAGGGGAAUGCCCUGGUCUACGUCCCUCAGCUAUGGGGCUUGAUCAUCGGAGAUUAUUACUUAGUAACCUGCGCUGCAAGUCAGCUUCAUACCCAUCGACAGAGUCCAAUCCUCCCUCUUCCCCUGGAGAAAUUUCCUCCAACGAUGCGUCUGGUACAUGAGGAUGGCAGCACCUUUUAUCUCAAUCUAAUGGAAUGCCCCACAUGGUUUGAUUUCGUGAUCCGGAUUCAUCACAUUUACUCAUGUUGGCUAAAGAGGCAUAUCGACGCCGAGAAAUGCAGGUUCUGCGAUGCAGAGACAGGCGAGGCCCUGACCGCUGCCUCCUGGCCUUCUCUUUUGUAUAAAGCAAGGGCAUACGGUGUUUGCGUCACCGUUAUUGUUGUACUCAAUACACAACAGAUAGUCCCUCCUGAACUGGACCACGAAAAUGAGGCAUACUUUAUCGAACCGGACACCGAUACAAGGACAUGGGUGAGGGUUUCAAAAAGGUUUAUAGACGUGGAAACAUUGGCAGCGUUUAAUCUACCGUGGGAGGAGGACAAGAAUGACUCGACAAUGAUCAUAAUCAAGACCUACUUAGAUGUCGAUUUCACGGAGAUUCUGUUUGAGCAUACCCGGAGAUCCCGAAGGAUGAGAGAAGAAGAUGAAGUACGUGACUUGCCAGUGAAUGAACCUGAGGAUGGUAAAUCUGUUCGCGACCACAAAGAUAGACAUCAAACUGGUCCUGCCUGGCAUUGGCCUGGCUGCUAUGAAAAGGACCCCGCCGACGAGUUGAGAAGGGCCGAAGGAGAAAUGUUUUGGGCUCCAAAAUCAUCUUGGCUGGAUGGCUUGAGUGCAGAGGUUGACAACUGCGAGAGUCCUGAUUCAACCCAUGAUCCUUCGGGUGCGUCGAUCAAUUCCUCUAGGCUGUCUACGGAUAGCCGACCUCAAACAACUAUCCCGCCGUACCUAUCGUGGCCACUAGCUUCGGACGUAUCUGCGCCGUCCCGCAGUCAAGGUCAGAAAGCAGUGACGCGGGUACCCGAAUCACAGAAAGCACGUCAUUCGAAGCGUGAUUCCCCUUUGGUCCCUGUCAAAUUUCUGUACGCAGUGCUUCAAGAAGAAGAAGCCUUUAAAGAGCUUCCAAGGUCCAAGAAAGCAGAUCUAGUUGAAUUGCAAAUGUCAUUCUUCGGUGGGAUGCCAACUGCGAGUUACCAUCCGGAAAUUGCAUUAUGUAACACUCUCUGCGAUGUGGUCGAUCACUUUCUCCCAGACGGGAUGGAAUGUUUGCUGAAAGAUAAGAUCUACGGAGGGCUUCAUACGAUUCUCAAAGAGUGUUUUAAAGCCUCUGAGGGUACAAAGCUCAUCAGGCUACCGCUCCUCAAGGACUUUACCGACCGGUCUUUGAAGCUGUUAAAGCUUUCUGGUGAAAUCCGUGCAGGUAUCCAGACCGAUACGAGCCGCCUACUUCUUCUUACAGCUCAUAUAGACUGUUUAAAGGAGUUAUGUAGGGCCAUUAGCCAGCUAUGUUGUUCUAUCCAACAAUCAUUGUCGCCCGAACCAGAUUAUAUGGGGACCCGACCAGAAACAAGUCACCCAAAUCCAGAUAGCCUACACAAAACUUCAGACUUGGAUAUCCGCACAGACAACAUUUCCAUGGCAGUAUCCAAAAUAGAGGACCAAAAGCUCUAUCGGAGUACAUCCCCUCAGUCAGGAGGUACAGGAUCUUGGGAGGGUGACAUUCCUGCCCCAUCUCAUGGACCGCCGAGUCGUGCUGCUUCUGUCCUAAGCGAGCGUAGUAUUGGAACUACAACCUCCCCACGAAGGUGGAGAAAGGUUCCUCGAAACUGGGCUCCGGAUGACACUGAGAGCGAUACAGAGCCUGAAAAUACAAGGAAUCCCUGGGUUGACGGAUGCCAAGCGCUUAAAAGAGCCGAAGAUCUACUGAUUGAAUCUAAGUAUUCGAUCAUCUGCACGCUAAUAGAAACAAACCCUUUAGAUAUUGAUGAUUAUUUCGGUGUCGGACCGUCCCGUAUUGCAUCUUCGAUUUUUGAACACAUCUGCUUUGGACUGAGUGACCUGGAAGGCGCAGGGUCUUUUCGUCUUGAGGAAGUCUAUCGGCAAUAUUCUUCCCAGCUGAGAAUCAAAGUGAGAGACAAGCCUACUCGAACCUUGCUAGAUGACCUGGACCUUCUUGAGGAGGAGUUGGAAAGCAUUCUCGCGGUAAUUGAGAAGCAGAAGACGCUACUGCGAAGUUUCACGUCCUUCGUCGACGACCAUAUGUCCAAGUCCAAAAGAGGCCCGAAAGAUGUACUCCAGAACUGUAUCCGGGAACUAGAUGACAAGGCAGCUCUGUACAGUGAGAUGAACUUCAGCAUUGAACAGCUAAGGAGAAGAGUGGUACGUCAAGUUGAUCUCCAACAAGAUAAUAAUAGCAAGGCGAUCCUUGUCUUUACUAUUGUCACCGUUGUAUUCCUACCGUUGUCAUUCAUGACGAGCUAUCUCGGUAUGAAUACUCGUGACAUAAGGGAUAUGGACCGAGAUCAGUGGCUGUUCUGGGCAAUUGCUGCUCCUCUUACGCUGUUCAUUGUCGGCGUGUGCAUGGUCGUUGCUUAUGAGGGUGAAAGGAUACGCGAUGUGAUUACUGAAAAUGACACGAACAAAAGAAAGAAGGAUGUGGUCUCGGGGCCGGAGACCGGCAACUCCCCGGAUGCCAAUGAAGAAUACACGAUAGGUUGGGUCUCAGCUGCCCCUAUUGAAAUGGCUGCAGCAAAGGGGAUGCUAGAUGAAGAGCAUGGGAAUCUGCAGACGCCUCCACAGGAGGCUGAUCACAACACAUAUCUCCUGGGAUCGAUGCGUGGAUUCAAUGUUGUGAUUGUUUGCUUACCGAGGGAUGAACUGGCCGCUAGCUCUGCAGCCGUUGUAGCAACAGACAUGUUGUUCGUAAUACCUCACUACGAUGAUAAUGACACGCGCGACAUCUGCUUAGGGGAUGUCGCAAUAGCCAGGAUGGAAGCAGAGUACCAGACUCGUGAGAGCAAGACCUGUCACUACAUUCACUGGAAUUGUUGA